UGCUGGUCGUCAAUCUGGUCGGUGAAGCCAUAGUACAAGGCAAGAGAUGCUGUCUCCGUCGUCUAUGAAGCCUUCCGCUCCAUCAGCAUCUCUUCUUCGGUUUCUGCGAUCACAAUCCGAUUCCUUUUUCUUCACAGCCAACCCAACUACUUGCGGACGAUCUCUCAAUAAUGAUCCCCAGUCUCAUCAUCAGCAUCACGCCUUCUCGCUAAGCAGGACGUCGGACUGGACAAAUAUAAACCCUGCACCAUGCCGUGCGAGCCUAGAAUCAUGCCUCUUUCCGUUACCGGGCCUUUCGUCUAGAACUCGCGGUACUGUACGAUGUCGGGCGUCGCUGGCUCAACGCUCUUCACCGAGUCCGUUUUCUCUCCCUAAUGCGCAGUUUUCACGCGCUUCGUCCACCAAGAGCAAGAGCUUGUGGCGUAGGCUCUUCGACUUCAAGCGAAACAAAGCUGCCGAAUCCAAAUCAUAUCUCCGCCAGCCACCUGCAUUGAUCAAUGACGGAACAGAGGGAAGCUUCAAUAUUGGCCGCGGAUUAGUGGCAAAGGCAUCUAAUGAGCCGCGCCUUCGAUGUACCGAGUUCGACAGCACUGGAAAUGUUACUCUUGUGAAUGGCGAAUUUAAGAAGAGUGAGCUGAUUGCCAAGUAUGGUCUCCUACCUCGGGACUUGCGAAAAAUUGACUCGUCUACACUGCCUCAUAUCCUAGUGCGACCGCGUGCCAUUCUUAUCAACCUCCUACACCUUCGAGUCUUGAUCAAGGCUGAUCGCGUUCUCGUUUUCGAUGCGUACGGAUCCACGGACUCAUACAUGCAAUCGCUAUUUGUGUAUGAUCUCGAAGGAAAGCUACAACAGAAACAAGGACAGACUACGGGUGCAUUGCCUUACGAAUUCCGAGCGCUGGAAGCGGUCUUGAUCAGUGUCACAAGUGGUCUGGAGGAGGAAUUCAAUGGUGUUAGAGAUCCGGUCGUGAGCGUGCUCAGAGCUCUGGAAGAGGACAUCGACCGCGACAAGCUCCGACAUCUGCUUAUUUACUCCAAGAAGCUCGGCACGUUCGAACAAAAGGCUCGCCUCGUGCGUGAUGCCAUCGACGACCUGCUGGAGGCAGACGACGACUUGGCCGCAAUGUAUCUUACUGAGAACUCGCAGGGUGUCCGACGCGAGGAACACGAACAUCAAGAAGUCGAGAUGCUACUGGAGUCGUACCACAAGGUUUGCGACGAAAUUGUGCAGGCCAGCGGCAACUUGGUGACCGGAAUUCGCAAUACCGAGGAAGUCGUUAAAGCAAUCCUGGACGCCAAUCGCAACUCCCUCAUGCUUCUCGACCUCAAAUUCAGCAUUGGAACUCUCGGACUCGCAACCGGAACCCUGUUCUCCGCACUUUACGGCAUGAACUUGAAGAACUUCAUCGAAGAAUCAGACUUGGGCUUUGGCGCCGUGUCCGUCACAUGCUUUGCCAUUACAAUCGUUGUUUGUGCUUAUGGGCUCGCCAAACUGCGCAAGCUUCAGCGUGUCCGCAUGUGGGGCGAAUCCGGCGUCGGCGGCGCAUCCAUGGUCUCUUUGCCUACAAGAGGUGGUGCGCUCGCCAGCCACCGGCCAAAUUGGCGCGCGGAUACCGUCGAGCCUGUCUGGGGUAGUCUUCCCGGUGAAGGGCGCGUGGAGAGGAUCAAGCGUAUUAAAGACAAUGCCGCUGCAGCUGCAGCCCGAUCUGCAACCCUGAAGGCUGCUAAUGUGCCCCCAACGUCGUCUGGGGACGCUACCAAGCAGUCAGAAAGUUCUUAAAUCACAUCUUUAUGCACCGAACAAACAGUGGGAGCUCACAGAGCGCGGCCACUGUCACAAUUGACGCACACUCUGCUCUACUCCGUCCAGUCCUGUCCUGACCAUCAUCCAUGCAGUGGUUCUAUGGCUCAGGCAGGAUUCUCCUGGAAAUUGAGCACGAACUUUCAUCCGCUAGAGUUUAUAGAAUCGCAUGGCAGGAGUUUGGCUUGCGGAUCGAAUUUUGAUAUUGUCUUAUUUUUGGGACUUUUUCCUUCAGCUAGUACUGUCCUUCAUUUCAUGGGAAGGUCUGUAUCUAGCUUGGUAUACAUACCACACUCAACUCACUCAUGGGUUUCUUCAUUUCAUGGGAGCUAAAUGUGCUCUGUAAUGUGUCUCUAGACGAUAGAUGUCGAGCCAGACACCGACAAUGUUACAUACAUAUGUACAUUAACAACAAUCAACAUCAUCAUGUCCUUUCUCUUCCAUGUACAUACACAAAAUCUCAUUUUAAU